GCCAAGAACAUGGCAAAUGCAAUAUUGAGCGUUGAGAGCUAUAAUAAUUUUGGGAAGAAACGAUAACAAAGAGAAUUUGUGUACUUCAGACUAUAAACCUCCGCUUUAACCCUUACCUGGCAGCCUGUCCGUUAACCCUUACCUGGCAGCCUGUCCGUUGUGUGCUUGUAAUACGACGCCUGUGUGGUUUUCUCUGUUGCUGGAAUAGUUAAUUUUAAAUGACAGGAACAGUGUCAGCCCAACAGGAACAUUUCGGAAAUGCGUGCACUGGUGCGAAGGACAAUUUCGAUUUCUAGUGGCUACAACGACGUGUGAAUUGACAGGUGAGAACACAGCAAUGACAGACUCGACCACGAAUUUCACUUUAUAUCUCAACACCUCACAGCCCACGUCAGGAGUGGGCGGUGGAGGGGGAGGAUUUGGCGUCCCCUCAAAGGAGUCAGUCAUUCUCGCGUGCUUCUUUUACACCGUCAUUGCCCUCGUUGCCGUGUUUGGCAACUUCAUGGUAGUAACAGCUUUCUUCAUCAACGACAAACUCCGCACUGUGACAAAUUACUUUGUAUUGGGCUUAGCACUUGCAGACAUUUUGGUGGGUGCUCUGUCAGUUCCCUUGUGGAUGUACAUUUUAAACUACUACGCGGACUUACGGCCUAUGGAUUUGAGGUUUAAAACCUUGAAUGAACUCUAUGUAGCGCUGGAUAAUUUUGCAGGGAUCUCCUCCAUUCUGCAUCUUAUGGCUAUUUCGAUGGAGCGAUAUUUUUGUGUUGGUUGGGCCGUGAAACACCGCAACACCAAAAAGUACGUUUACUACAUUGCCUUGUUCCUGGUUUGGUUCAUUUCAGCCUUGGCAGCCUCCAUCAAACAUACGAUCCCUAGCAUCGAAAAAACAGACCUUGUUCUUUUAACCUUUGUGGUCUUCUUUCUGCUACCAUUGACGGUCAUCAUUGUGUCGUAUGCAGCCAUUUGGAAAAUUGCCAUGACCAGGAUGAACAACAACCCCAGUAAGCGCUCCCUUAAGAGGGAAAUUCGCACUGCUACAACCAUUGCCUUCGUCAUUGGGUUCUUCCUGGUUGCGUGGACUCCAUUUUUCAUUACACUUAUAGUAGUGGUGUACUGCCCCACGUGUCCCUAUAAUUGGUCAGCGACGAUCUUUUAUAAAUUUCUUCAUUAUUCCAAUUCGUCAAUCAAUCCCAUCGUGUAUGGCGUCAGAAUACCAGAGUUUAGAAAGACUUUCAAGUUCAUUCUGCGGCGAAUCUACGGACCCAUCUUAGCACCAUGUAGAAAUUAAGUUAGUGUUAGUUUUUGAAAACCCUAAAACGCUUUUCAGUGAUUUCAUGACCUACUAAACACCAUAGUUUUUACAGCGCCUGGAACCUUAAACAUUUACCCGAACUCCAGAGCCACUUUCACUUUGUUAGCUAUAUGAUUGAUAUAAAAAACGUGCAUAUGAACGAAUGCAAGUUAAAUCGUUGGUAUUCGUUUCGAUUUUUAUUCCCCUCGCUGAGCAUUUCAUUUGAUUGAUAUAAUAUUCAAUUUUAGAUUAAAUUUUUUCAUAUAUGCUCAAUUUUGGACGUAAGUAAUGAGAAUGCUAUAUACGCCUGUAAACAGAUAAUGCUCAAUCGCAACAGAAUUGACUCAUC